CCUGCGGCUACGGAUGGCAACAUGGCGACAGAGUUCCACAAUCUGCAGGAGUUGAGGCACAGUGCGUCUCUGGCUAAUAAAGUCUUCAUCCAGAGAGACUACAGUGAAGGAACUACCUGCAAGUUCCAGACCAAGUUUCCAUCUGAGCUGGAGAGCAGGAUUGAGCGGACAUUGUUCGAGGACACUGUGAAAACACUAAAUACCUACUAUGCUGAGGCAGAAAAGAUAGGGGGCCGGUCUUACCUGGAGGGCUGUCUGGCCUGUGCUACAGCAUACCUUAUCUUCCUCUGCAUGGAGACACGUUACGAGAAGGUGUUAAAGAAGAUCGCAAAGUAUAUCCAGGAGCAGAAUGAGAAGAUCUAUGCUCCCCGAGGGCUGCUUAUCACAGAUCCUAUAGAAAGGGGAAUGCGUGUUAUAGAGAUUUCCAUCUAUGAAGACCGGGGCUCCAGCGGCUCUAGCUCAGGGAGCAGCUCUGUGUCUGGCAGCACUGCUCGAUGACUGGGUACCUCCUCACAACCAUGUCUGCCUGAUCAUCCACAACCCUGAAAGACGACUUAGGACAAUGAUAGAACUCCUGCUCCAACACUUAAUCCGCACAUCCCUGAAGCUGCGCUCACACAAAGGAUUAACUGAUUUUGUGCCAACAGUAAAAUUGUUCACGCUUCUUCCACUGUAUCUACUUAAAAUGCACACUUUAAUUGUUUUUUGCAAUGUGAAUGUGCUUACAAGUUUGUUAAGUGUAGGAUGCCUCAGUGGGGGCUCAAAAAAGUCACUUUACUGGUAAAACUUUGUGUGAUCGUACCUUCAAUCCUUCUUGAGGUUGCCACAGCCCGUGUUAAAAGGAUGGAGGGAUGUGAUGGAGGAAGGGAAUGUGAGGGGAGGACAAAGGACCACAAACCUCUUCAAACCUCAUACCUCGCUCUAUCAUAUGCGGUCUACAGCCUGGCCCCGACCACAGUGGACCCACCAGAAAACUGGACUGAACUCAUCUCCACCUGCUCAGCUCACCAGGCACUGGCUUUAACUUUUUUUUUUUAAUCCGUAGCUCCUUAUCAAUGAAUGGCUUUUAGCAGAUGUAAGUGGACUGUUUAAGUAGCGCAUCAGAAAUUUCAGCUUCCCUGAGCCAACAUCAUGUGUAUAAAUAACCUUCUUCUCCCUCUCUGCUGAUGUUAAUCAUACCAUCUGGUAGCAGAUGGAUGUCAUUUAGCCUGACCAUGUGUAUUAUGUAGCAAAUCUUUCAUUUUCUCACAUGAAGCCUCUUAUUUAAUUUGUAAGAAAUUCAAACAUAGACGUGCACAAAUCCAAUCCUUGUGGUUUCAAUAGAUGAGACCAGCUCUUCCUAAUUUGUAAUUAUGCAAGACAUUCUUUGUAUUAAAAAGAGUAGACAAAGGAUGGGUGGAAAGUCUUCCUGAAUCGUACUUGUGGUGUUUAAAAUUUACUAACCCUUCCUUGUGUUCUGAACAAACUUCCAAAGAAUAACUACUGCCAAACUCUGGCUUAGAAAUGUGAAUGUCUCUAAUUUUGGUGGCAUUUUGUGCAGGAAUAAACUUUCGUACUGCUUAUUGUUUGAUACAUGUGGUAAUGAAGUACAUAUGACCAGUGUCAAUAAAACAAUUUCAUCACA